GAACCGCCUCUGGGAGCGCGGCUGAGCCCGGAGAUGGCGAAGGUGGCCACGGUGUCGGUGUCGGGGAGACGCCGGGCCCGGCCGCCCCCCCUGGGCCGCAUCGCCGUGGUGGUGGACCAGGGCUCGGGCUUCACCAAGGCGGGCUUCGCGGGCGAGAACCAGCCGCGCCUGGUGCUGAAGAGCUCCGGCUUCGUGUCCAGCUGGGACCAGCCCCUGCUGCCCGGGGCGCUGGGCUGUGCGCCGGGGGGCGUGGAGCGGGCGCACCCCAUCAAGCACGGCACGGUGGUGGACUGGGAGGCGCUGGAGGGGCUGUGGGAGCGCCUGCUGGUGUGCGGGCUGCGGGUGCGGCCGGACCAGUGGCCGGUGCUGGUGAGCGACUCGCCCUCGGCGCCGCCCUCGAGCCGGGAGCGGGCGGCGGAGCUGCUGUUCGAGGCCCUGGCGGUGCCCGCGUGCCACAUGGCCAGCACGGCGGCGCUGGCCGUCUGCUCCACCGGCGCCCUCAGCGGGCUGGCCGUGGAGGCGGGCGCGGGGGUGUGCCACGCCACCCCCAUCUACGCCGGCCACUCGUGGCACGAGGCCACCUUCCGGCUGGAGGUGGCGGGCACCACGCUCUCCCGCCACCUGCGGGACCUGCUGCUGGCGGCGCGCCCCGACCUGCUGCUGCAGAGCCUGCCCCGCAAGGCCGUCACGCAGAUCAAGAAGCGCUGCUGCUACGUCUCCCUGGACUUCGAGGGCGACCUCCACGACCCCGCCCGCCACCGCCCGGUCCGGUUCCGCCUGGACAGCGGGUGCUCCGUCUGCCUGGGCAGCGAGCGCUUCCGCUGCCCGGAGCCCAUCUUCCAGCCCGCUCUGCUGGGCCACCGGGAGCCCGGGCUGGCCACCCUGGCCUUCUGGGCUCUGCAGAAGGUGCCCGAGACGCUGCGGAGGAGGCUGGCCGACACGGUGGUGCCGGCCGGCGGCUCCACGCUCUUCCCCGGCUUCACCGAGCGCCUGGAGCGGGAGCUGCUCGCGCAGUGCCAGCAGCACGGCCCCGGGGCGCUGCGGCCGCGCCUGGUGGUCCAGCCCGGGCGGGGGACGGCCGUGUGGACGGGCGGCUCCAUGAUGGCUUCGCUGCACAACUUCCAGCGCCAGUGGAUGACCCGGGCCAUGUACCACGAGUGUGGCUCCAGGCUGGUGCACGAAGUCUUCAACUGAGUCCGCGCGGACCGGGAGGGGUGGUGCGGCCAGCGGGCCGCAGGGGCAGAGGCGU